UGACUUCGAGGAAGAGUUUUACGAAGAAUUCUUCCGCCAACGGAUUACCAAUAAAUAUUAUGAGGAGUUUAUAGAAUUUAGACAAGGUGACCUGACGGUGGAAGAAGCAAUCAAAAAGUUCAAUAGGCUAGCUCAUCUCUGCUCAGAGCUAGUAAGUACAGAGAAAGAACGAGUCAGACUGAUGCUCCGAAUGCUGAGGCCAGAAAUAGCACUUAAUGUGAGUAAUGGAACUCACCAACCACUGACUGGUGAAGAGCUGGUCAGCAGGGCAUUAGUCGCUGAGCACUAUCUGAACAGCAUCAAGUCACAACAAGCGCUACUCAAGCCAGUAAAGUUAGAAGACAAGACAGUGGGGAAUCAGAGAGCUCAUUCAAGUGAUCAGAACUGGAAGGGCAAGGGUAAUAAAAGGAAGCAAUGGAAUUCAGGAGGUAGCCACGAGGGAGGUCCAGCAAACAAGCAAACCAAGUUUCCUCCCUGUCCUAAGUGUGGAAGAGUGCAUCUAGGAACCUGUCUUUUGGGUACGACCGGAUGUUAUUCAUGUGGGCAAGAAGGACAUCUAGCUAAAGCAUGUCCUAACAAGUUUAAGGCACCUCAGCAACAGUCAGUGCAAUAUGGAGGCAGGCCUACACAGUUACACCAUAUGAUAACAUCACUAGAGGGACCCUAUCUCAGUCAGGGAAGGUUGGAAGCUCCACCAGUUCAAACUGAUGCCACAGUAUUUUCUCUCACUAAGGAAGAAGCUGCCAGUGCCUCCGUGGUAGUCACAGAUAAAAGAUAAAGGAAAAGGAUAAGAAGGAAGGCGACAACGAGAUGCUGUGA